CCUCUGACUUGACUGUGCCCUAAACUGUUGCUCUCUGGGAACAUGAGACUGCUAGUCCUUGCUGUGGUUUGUGCUUCCCUCUUCCUGCUGAAGGGUGUUGAAGGAAAAGGGAAAAAGGCUCGAGAUUACACUGCAUAUUGUGGAGCAUGUAAGGCCGUCAUCGAUGAGCUGCAAUAUUCAAUUAACAAGGAAGACCCUCACAAAAAAUUAGAGACUGGUAAUUUCCGUGUUGGUUCUGAUGGGAAGCAAUCAGGUGUCAAAUCAAAGAGGUUUGCAGGGAGUGAAGCCCACCUGGCAGAGCUGAUGGACAAUGUGUGUGGACUAAUGCAAAACUACGGGACCACCACAGACCCUAAGACCGGAGAGAGAGGUUUUAUGAGGAUCAACUCUCGGGCUGGGGAGAGUAUUACCAUUUCCAAUGUUAACUUUAGCUCAGGGGGAACUGAAGAGUUAAAGUCAGCGUGUGAUUACGUCAUCUCUGAAUAUGAAGAUGACAUUGUAAUGCUGUUUCAAGAUGGACUCUCUCAAAAGGAACUAGAAAGAGAGCUUUGCUUCGAUAUCACAGGUUAUUGCAAAUCAACUCCUUCACGUUCAGAACUAUAAAGAACAAACUAGCUAGUCUAGUGGUUCCAUAUUCUACUUUGUUUGAGUCUGCCAUUUGCACUUUAGUUUAUACUAUUAUUUCUGGACUUCUGGCUGGGUAUAUAGUACAUACACCAUUAUUACUUAACGA